CUCAUUCACUUCAACCUUUUCUAAACUAGGGUUUACGGUUGAUUCACCGUAUUCUAAAUUAGGGUUUACGAGUUUAGCUUUCACAAAAAUCAAGUCAUCAUGUCGUCAUCAGCUCGGAAGGUCACUCUCAAGAGUUCCGAUGAUGAGACCUUUGAGGUCGAAGAAGCUGUUGCUUUGAAAUCGCAGACGAUCAAACACAUGAUCGAGGACGAUUGUGCCAAAACCGAAAUUCCUCUUCCAAACGUAACCAGCAAGAUCUUGGCAAAGGUUAUCGAGUAUUGUAAGAAGCAUGUUGAGGCUACAACAAGUUCCGAAGGAAAACCCUCCGAGGAUGAUGUUAAGGCUUGGGACGCUGAGUUCGUCAAGGUUGAUCUGAAUACACGCUUUGAACUCAUCUUGGCUGCAAACUACUUGGAUAUCAAGAGCCUACUGGAACUUACAUGCCAGGAUGUAGCAGAAACUAUCAAGGAUAAGACGGUGGAGGAGAUUCGCAAAAUUUUCAAUGUUGAGAAUGACUUCAGUCCGGAGGAAUAUGCGGAACUUCUUAAGGAAGUCGGUUGGGCUUUUGAAUGAUUAUGCAACAAAUCAUGAAAUUAGUCAAGGAUUUAUUUGCCAUUAUAUUUUAACAUUUUAUGUUCUCAGUCAAGGAUUUGUCAUGUGGAUUUAUUUUAUGCUUCGUUUUAUUUAUCAAACUAUGAUCAACAUAUCUGCUUUUCUUUAUAUUUGGAAGGUUUUUGGUUAA